AUGGAAAGCACUCCGGUUGAAAUUUUCAAAGAAGACAAUAAGUGCCUCUCUACGCUUCCGGAGGACUGUCCAGUCAAUUCCUCAGCCUGGGUGUCCGGAUACUCAGAGAGCCGCAACGUGACCCACAAUGAGAGCUGGGAGCAGGAGAGCAUGUCUCCCAUCAUCCCCAUCAUCACUGCAGUCUACUCCGUGGUGUUUGUGGUCGGCUUGUUGGGCAACUGCCUCGUCAUGUAUGUCAUCGUUAGGUACACAAAGAUGAAGACAGCCACCAACAUUUACAUUUUCAACCUAGCGCUCGCUGACGCCCUCGUCACCACCACGAUGCCCUUCCAGAGCACCGACUACCUGCUGAAUACCUGGCCCUUUGGUGAGGUGGUUUGCAAGGUCUUCAUCUCCAUCGACUACUACAACAUGUUCACCAGUAUCUUCACUCUCACCAUGAUGAGUGUGGAUCGCUACGUGGCUGUGUGCCACCCGGUGAAAGCCCUGGACUUCCGCACUCCGAUCAAAGCCAAGAUGAUCAAUGUGUGCAUCUGGAUCUUGUCCUCAGCUGCAGGGAUACCUGCUUUUAUUCUGGGUGGCACCCAGACAAACAGCGGCAUAACUGAGUGUGCCUUACAGUUCCCCGAGCCAUACGUGUACUGGGACACACUGAUGAAAGUAUGCGUGUUUGUCUUCGCCUUCGUCGUGCCUGUGCUCAUCAUCACCGUGUGCUACUCCCUGAUGGUCCUGAGGCUGAAGAGCGUCCGAAUGUUGUCCGGCUCGCGGGAGAAGGAUCGCAACCUGCGCCGCAUCACCAGACUCGUGGUGGUUGUGGUGGCCGUGUUCGUGGUGUGCUGGACGCCCAUUCACAUCUUCAUCCUGGUCAAGGCCCUCGUGAGCGUGCCGGAAACCACCGCCAUCAUGGCCGCCUAUUUCUUCUGCGUGGCUCUGGGCUACACCAACAGCAGCCUCAACCCUGUGCUCUAUGCCUUUCUGGAUGAGAAUUUCAAAAGGUGCUUCAAGGAUUUCUGCCUCUCGGCCAAACUGAGAGGAGAGAAGGUGUCAGGGAGCAAAAAGACCCCCAGCAACGUGCGAGAGGCGGCUGUUCCCCUGGAGAACCCAGACGGGACGAGUAAACCGACAUGA